CAGCUAACGGUCCCUGCCCGGCACCAUCGCCGGAGGUUCCGCGCGGGGCCACCAAGUGAGCUAAACUCGAACGACCCCAUCCGUGCAAACUCGGCAAUGAAAUUUGGGGGAUCGCAAUGGGCGCGAGCACGCGGACCCCUGGUCUCAAAUUUCCGCUGGGAGGGGCCCAAGCGAGGCCAUGUUUCCUUGGUGCUUGCGUUGCGUUAGGUUGCCAACUUGCCGUACCGACACGGAGCAGUCCGAUGAACAAUACUGUAACACUCAGCUGCUUAGCCCUGAUAUCCUCAGUUCCCGUGGACGUUUCAUGCGAGCGCCAACCCUUUGCCUUGCCUGCGACUGUUGUUCAGUUCUCCCACGACGGCAUGAUGUGGUUAAUGCGCUGCGCCGUUACGGCUGCCGCUGGAAAUGGUUUUACGAGAGCAGAGAGACGUGAUCAGCAAAGACACUUGGGGUUCACGGAAAGUGCUGACUAAAGUGGGACCUGUGGGGAACGCUACGCAGCUCAGCUGCUGCCAGGUGGAGUUCCCAGCUGGCAGUUAAUAUGCGUCGCAAAACAAUUGCGAGAAUGACAAAAAGAACAUACAACACCAAGGAUUCGCUGGUCGUCACCGACCCAACUACUGAUCUGGCGGUCGCGGGUUUGUCGAGGGGAGAGCGGACGGGAUCCCGAAUUUUCCUGC